GGAUACCCUCGGUAUACACCACCGUGAUUCCAAUUCAAAUGGUAGCGCGGAAAGGCUGAAGGGAUAUGCGCAUUCGCAUUAGAAAUCCGGUGCUGGUCAUCAUAUCUUACGUCUCGGCGCCGACAUUGGCUCCUGUCACCGACCAGCAAGCAGACAGACCCUCUACCAGUGAGCGUCGCGACACACCCUGCUAUAUUUCGAAUCGAAUCCAUCAGCGUUGACUUAUUGGAAAACACAGACAAAGAAGUCUCAGCCCUCCCUUGUCUAUCACCAGCUGGACCCUACUGCCACACCCCCACACCCCUGCAUCAUGUCUGUCAACCGUGAGCGUCGCCGUCCAGUCCGCAUUGGCGGUGCUUCUGGCGGAUUUACGGACAGAGUUGCGGCGAUCUCUCGUCUAGCUAGCGACCCCGACGUGGACGCCAUUGUUGGGGACUGGCUGUCUGAAAAUGUCAUGACUGGUUAUGGCGCUGGUAAGGCCCGCAGAGACGCAGCCGGCAGCAGGAAGGACCUACCUCUAGCCGAGAGGAGGAAGAACGCGCAGUUUGCCAGUACCUUUUUGCAGUGUUUCGAGCCCGCCAUCAGCAAGCUCGCUCAAAAUGGGGCAAAACUCGCCGUAAAUGCAGGCGCCAGCGACACAGAGCUCCUAGCAGAGAUCUGCCAAGACAUGGUGAAAGCUGCCUGCCUUGACUUGAAGGUAGCCUGGGUAGAAGGCGACGAUGUCACGGUCCCUUUCAAGCAGAUGGUGGCCGAGGGAGCCACGUUCAAGAGUCUGACUGAUGGGAAGACCUUGGAAGGAUGGGGCUUUGAGCCUCUAUGUGCCCAGGCAUAUCUGGGGAGCCUGGGAAUCGCCGAAGCGUUGCGUCAAGGUGCGGAUAUUGUUAUCUGCGGCCGAGUCUCAGAUGCGGCUCCAACGAUUGGAGUUGCCGCAUGGUGGCACGGCUGGAGAGCUGAGCAACUGGAUGAGCUUGCUGGCGCCUUGAUCGCGGGCCACAUUAUUGAAUGUUCGGCAUUUGUCACCGGCGGCUAUUACAGCCGCUUUAAGGACUUGAUGAAGUCGAAGAAGCACCUGAACCUAGGCUUCCCGAUAGCAGAAGUGCACCACAACGGCGAGUGUGAUAUUGCCAAGGAGAAGAACACCAAUGGUGUGGUGAACGUCGAGACUGUCACUUCACAACUGGUGUAUGAGAUCUCGGGACCUCUCUACUUCAACUCUGACGUUGUCGCGGAUCUCCACCAGAUCUCUGUCGAACAAGCCGGAGAAGAUCGCGUUCAUGUCAGCGGUGUGAAGGGACUUCCGCCUCCUCCUACCACGCGGUGCGGUAUCACAGCCCAAGGAGGCUUCCAAGCCGAAUGGCACUUCUACCUGGUCGGCUUAGACAUCGAAGAGAAGUGUCAGUGGAUGGAAGAGCAAGCACGCUACGCUAUUGGAGAGGAGCUCAUCAGCAAGUUCUCGAUGUUGAAGUUCCACGUUCACGGCACCUCUCCCGCCAACCCUCCAAAUCAAGAGGUCGCAACAGUGGACUUUAGGAUUUUUGCGCAGGCCCGCGACGCUGCUCUAUUUGAUCCAAGCUUACCAGACGGUUUCAGCCGCAAGUUGUACGAGACUGUGUUGCAAUCAUGCCCUGGCGUUUCGCGGCCAAACGAUCUACGGCAGUCAACGGCAAAGAGCUACUUUGAGUAUUUUGUCACUCUGAUUCCGCAGAGCGCAUGCAAUCAUCGCGUGCACUUCCUGUUUGGGGACAAGUGCACGAUCGACAUCCCAACGCCGCCAACUGUGAGGGAAUAUGGCCCUCAGGAGUCUUACAACACCAGAAAUCCGGUGGCACUGGAGCAAUUCGGUGAGGUGGAGGAGGCACCUCUUGGGCGCAUCGCCCUAGGCCGCUCCGGCGACAAGGCGUCUGAUGCGAAUGUCGGUUUCUUCGUCCCUGACGCGGAGCAGUGGGAUUGGCUGCGGACAUUCUUGACCAUCGAGAAACUCAAGGAGCUCCUAGGCCCGCACGAGUACUUGGGGGGUCGCAUAGACAGAUUCGAGAUGCCAAAUAUCCGCGCAGUGCAUUUCUUGCUGAAGGACCAUCUGGACAGGGGGUACAAUUCGGGCUCCAAGCUGGACACACUCGCAAAGAAUCUCUGUGAGUACCUGCGGGCGAAAUACGUGCCCAUCCCGCGCAAGUUCCUCGAAACGGGGAGCAUCCUGUAGCCGAUGGGGGCCCGGGUGGCUCGGUGCGGAGAACGUGGGAUGAGCCGAGUUCAAAAAGUCGUUUCUACGGGUAUAAGAUUCCGCACGGCGUGGUUCGUAACUAGUGCCAUCCGUAGUUUGGAAAAUGGGGGGGUGUCUACUUAUCUUAGGUACAUACAAACACACCUAGCUAUGCCACACAUAUAUAUGAUCUCCAUCCUCCCC